CCGAUCUUGUUCAUGAAAUGAUCGAUUGUCAAACAAUGUGUAUGUGCUUGCAGAAACCUAUAACUCUGCAGUUACAGGAAACGUGAGGUUUCCCCUGGUUUACAAAGAUGAAGAAGGAUCAUCCACCCAACAAAUCACUAACAAUCCAGCUCUCCAACUUUGGGAGACCACAGCCAUGGAAGAAGACCUGGUUGCAAUGGAACAUGACCAAGUAAUAAUGAUUAGCACCUUGGGAACCGAAGGCUUGAUGGAAGAGAUGCUGACAACAAGGAACAACCGAAGUGACAAGGAACAACCAGUAACCAAUUCAAUCAAUUCUUCCUCUUCUUCAUUACGUCGUUCAUCCGAACGACAUGCUGAGAUUCAGCCCGAGAUGCAUACCCUUCUGCUAGACCCCACUCCUCCUAGGAAAACAGGUCGUAGGUCAGCCAGACAGAGGUCCAAGUUAUAUGCACAGAGCUUGCAGGUUCCUGAGAUGGACAUUGACAAGGUGGAAGAAAAGCAAACUGAGGAGAAUGUGGAACAACAACCUAAUGAGAAGAAUGGUGGAGUGGCACCACCACCACUGAGAUUUCAUAAGGAGAUGUUGUCAAAGAAUUACAUACAGUUUGCACUGAAAGUUCUGGGAUAUGAGUAUGAAGUUAUAGAGGAACCUGGGUGGCGUACAGCCAAGCAGUUCUAUGAGGAAGCAAUGUCGGAUCCCUUCUUUGAAUAUGCAUGUGAGAAUGUGCCUGAUCCUUCUGCGAUCAUCCCUCCCUUCGGUUAUUAUAAUAGCAUGGAGAAGGAGUUGAUUGAGUUUGACAGAGAUGUGGAAAGGUGCAAGGAGCUUCCAAAUUUCGGGUUCCAUGUGUCCUUUGAUUCUGAUGUUUCUGUCCAUUUUGAGACAGCUCCUGAGAAGGAUUAUUAUGAAUUCGGGAAUGGCCAACCCACAGCUGGGUUCGAGUGGAGAUCAAUCAAGAAAGGGCAAGUAAAGAUUGACUGAUGCCAAGACUUCUUCCCCUCUAAAAUGUACUGAAAGUUUCUUUGAUAGAUUGAGACUUCAUUGGACCAUGCAUGGAACUUAUAUGAGAAUAUGUUUCUUCAUUCCUUGUGCCUACAUUGCUCUUCUGAAUAUGAGAUUUAGGAUGGCACAAAAAGAGAAUUCACUAGCAACAAACAUGAACAGGGCAAAAUACAGUAAACUGAAAGCA